GCUUGUCAACUCUAAACCCAUCUGGCUCUAGCAGAGGAAAAGAAAGAAAGAGCAGGAAGUCCAUUUUUGGCAACAAUCCUGGCAGGCUGAGCCCUGGGGAGUCAGCUACUCUUGCCAAAGCAUCUGGAAAAGGCCCUUUCGAUGUGAUGCGGCAGACCUGGGAAGAUCCUUGCUCUCCUUACAACUCUCCAGCUUCCCUCAGUGCUAUCAUAAGGACGCCCAAGUGCUAUCAUAUCUCCUCCCUGAACGAGAACGCUGCCAAGCGGCUGUGCAGGCGGUACUCUCAGAAGCUGAUCCAGCACACCACCUGCCAGCUCCUGAGGACCUACCCUGCUGCCACACGCAUCGACUCCUCAAAUCCCCAUCCACUGAUCUUCUGGCUCCACGGUGUGCAGCUCGUGGCUCUUAACUACCAAACAGAUGAUCUUCCUCUGCAACUUAAUGCAGCGAUGUUUGAGGCUAAUGGUGGCUGUGGAUAUGUUUUGAAACCUCCUGUUCUGUGGGAUAAAAACUGUUCAAUGUACCAGCAGUUUUGUCCAUUAGAAAGAGAUCUUGAUAAUAAGGAGCCAGCUAUAUAUUCUUUAACAAUUGUGUCUGGACAGAACGUCUGCCCUAGCAAUAGCACAGGCAGCCCGUGCAUCGAAAUCGACGUGCUGGGGAUGCCUUUGGACAGCUGCCAUUUCCGGACGAAGCCCAUCCAUCGCAACACUCUCAACCCCAUGUGGAAUGAACAGUUCCUUUUCCGGGUUCACUUUGAAGAUCUGGUCUUUCUUCGGUUUGCCGUUGUUGAAAAUAACAGCUCAGCUGUAACAGCCCAGAGAAUCAUUCCCCUAAAAGCUCUAAAGAGAGGCUAUAGACAUGUCCAGCUCCGUAACCUGCACAAUGAAGCAUUAGAAAUUUCUAGUUUGUUCAUAAACAGUCGGAGAAUGGAAGAAAUUCCCUCUGGAAACACUCUGCCCGCAUCUAUGUUGUUUAGUAUGGGGGAAAGGAAAGCUGCUGUGACCUACAGAGUGACAAUCCAUGGAAUUCCAGGCCCAGAGCCUUUCACUGUGUUUAAUAUAAGUGGAGGGACCACGGCUGCACAGCUUCUCCAUCAGCUCUUGGCUGCCACAAAAGGCAUCGAGUCGUGUGCUGCAGACUAUUUUCUGAUGGAAGAGAAGAGUUUUAUAUCUAAAGAAAAGAGUGAAUGCAGAAAACCCCCAUUCCAGAGAGUGAUUGGGCCUGAGGAAGGGGUAGUGCAGCUUUUGAACAGUUGGUUCCCAGAAGAAGGAUAUGUUGGAAGGAUUAUCUUUAAAACCCGAGAGGAAAACUUAAAUGAGAGAAACAUCUUUCAAGAAGCAAAGGAAGAUGCAGCCAUCAGCUCUGAGGAUGACAGUUUCUUUGUUCAGGUACACGAUGUCUCCCCAGAGCAACCACGCACCGUCAUCAAAGCUCCCCGCUUCAGCACAGCUCAGGACGUCAUACAGCAGACUCUUUGCAAAGCCAAAUACUCCUACAGCAUUUUGAGCAAUCCAAAUCCAAGUGAUUAUGUGCUGUUGGAAGAGGUGACAAAAGAGCCAGCAAACAAAAAGUCCUCGAUGUCUAAACCGUCUCAGAGGAUUCUCUCUGAUCAAGAGUGCGUGUUUCAGGCCCAAAGCAAGUGGAAGGGAGCAGGAAAAUUUAUCCUUAAACUCAAAGAACAGGUUCAGGCAGCACGAGAUGACAAAAGGAAAGGCAUUUCCUUUACCAGUGAACUCAAGAAGUUAACCAAGUCAAGUAAGCAGUAUCGGGGGUUCAUAUCGCCACCCCUGCAGGUCUCACCGGACGGUCCACAGAGCAAAGAUGAAAGGUCUGCGUGCAGUCUGACUUUUAGUGACGUUACAGAGUAA